AUGGUCAAAUUUACACCGAAUGCUCUCCUUGAAGACGUAGCCGAAUUAGACAAGUUGGUAUUUGCAAACAGCCAAGCAAAACUCAAUCAAGAGCUUCAUUCCUUUGUUGAGCAUUUUGAAAAGAAAUCUAUCUCGUCUGAGGAAUUAGCCAAGACUUAUGUUGCAUUAACUGGCUGUCAUCUAAAACUAAAGCAAACCAAGACAGUUGAUUCGACUAUUAGUACUUCUAUGGAAGAGACACAACAGUUAUUAGAACAACUCUUGACAACAAUUCAGCAUGAAAAACAAAGUCCUAGCCUGCAACAAGAGUACGAAGAAUACCAGAAGGACAAGGAUAAACGAAAAAGGAUGGCACUAGAGGAAUUGCGAAGAGAAGCAGAUCGUCUUGAUGAGUAUUAUGCAAGAAAAACAAGAGACUCUAUCCAUCACCACUUGGUAGGUACUCAACAGUGGCUGUAG